GAGUGAGUGUGUGCUCUUUUGCUUCUACUUCUUCCUCCUCUUCUUUGGGAACUCCAAUUGAAGUGUUUACUUUGGUGAAGAAUGGAAAUAAGUGGGUGAGUGUUUAUGGGGGAGAAUUUUCAUUUUUUCAGAGGGUUUUUGUGUUUUCUGAGAGGAGAUGGAACAGAAGAAGGAAAGCUACAUGCUUGAGUGAAUUCAGUGGGGGAAUGUUGUCGUUUUUAGUUCAUUUUGGUCAAAGGUUGUGUUUUACUGUUCUUUUUUUACUUGACACAUAUAAGGUAAAGGCCACUUAUAGCGAGUGGCAUAUAAAAAAAUUGUUCUUUUCACCGUGAUUUUCUUGGGGUUUCUCAGUACCCAAUAGGGCUUAUCUGGGUUGGUGUCAACUCUUAUCGAUUUGAUGGAAUAAUUUGAUGAUUUAGAAUGACUUGAUUUGAAUGCUGGUGAGUAAUGAGCUGCAGAUGCUUUUUUUUUGGUAUGCAAAAUUCGAAAUUCUUAUAUGCUGGUUCAGCCUCGUGGAAAAUGGUUUCUUUAGAGCUGGCUCUUUACUCGUUUGAUCCUUCACUUAGUAGUACAUUUUUUGUAUAUGGGUCCGUUAGUUUCUGAUGCUUUUGCUCUUAUAGGAUUAUGUAUUGGCUGCCUUAUGCUUAAAUACGGUAUUCUCUUUGGUGGAAUAUAACUUUAGCUGAGGAUCGCUAGACAUUCUCCUUUUAUUUAUUUUAAUGUCAGUGUUGUUUUUUCACAUAAUGAAUCUUCUUUUUUGUUGGUGCUUGCCCUUUUUGUUUGUUUUUGUUUCAACGGUGCAGCAGAGUGCACAGAAAAGUCCUCUUCUUUUCCUUUACUAUUUAUAUAUGUGGAGCAAACGAAUCAAGCAUUACCGACGAUUAGUGGAUUGAUUUUAGUUAUGUGUGCUGUGAGAAUAAUAUAGGGAAUGUCAGAAAGAUUGUGGGUCUGGAUUUUUUGAAAGGACUUGUUUCUAGACGCUAAUAGUCUGUAUGGUCCUAAUUCGAGUAGAAUUAUUUGCUACAUUCAUGUAGGAGAGUCUUUUCUUUGUUAUGAUUGAUUGUUUAUAUAACUAACUUUUGCAAAUUAUAACGACUGUGGUAUCUUUGUCAAACGGGCUCCAAAUAAACAAUAUGCAAUAUCAGCAGCAGGAGAAAGUGGAGUCUUCACCAACUACAGGGUCCCUCCGCAAGCUUCAACAAACAGUACAUGGUUCUAAGGCCUCUGCUACAUUUGCAGUAACCACUGCAUGCUUCAAUACCAAUACUGUUGAGGACAGGAAAUCAAGCUUCUUUGAGUUUAAACCACUCAACAGGUUGAAUAUGGUUCCUGCUGACUUCAAUAACCAUGUUAUCAAACAAUCAACUCAAGCAGAAGGUCUAGGAAAAGCACAAUCAUUUGUUUCCUCACCAUUAGUUGAAAGUGAGAUAGCAGUUCCUGCUAACGAAUUAAGUCUAUCAUCACCUGUACAAAUGGUUAGUUCUAGUCCUAGUGCUCCUGUUGAUGUUGAUUUGGAUGACGUUAACCACAAAAGCAACACAGCUACUGGGCUUCAAGAAUCACAUGUUGAGGUUAGAGGCAAUGGAAUUUCAGUUGCAGCUGAGAAAACAUCUGAUGAUGGAUACAAUUGGCGAAAAUACGGGCAAAAACUUGUUAAAGGAAGUGAAUUUCCACGCAGUUAUUACAAAUGUACACAUCCUAACUGUGAAGUGAAAAAACUGUUUGAACGCUCUCAUGAUGGUCAAAUCGCAGAGAUAAUUUACAAGGGAACACAUGAUCAUCCUAAACCUCAACCAAGCUGCCGAUACUCUACUGGUACUAUUAUGUCUAUUCAAGUAGAGAGAUCCGAUAAGGAUUCUUCUUUGGCUGGCCUAGAUGACAAAGCAUCCUCCAUGUAUGGUCAGUUGUCCCAUGCUGCUGAGCUCAACAGUGCUUCUGAGCCAUCAACCAUAGCAACAAACGAUGAUGGUUUAGAGGGUGUUGGGUUUGUGUCAAACAGGAUUAGUGAUGACAAUGAUGAUGAUGAUCCCUUCUCAAAGCGAAGAAAAAUGGAACUUGGAAAUGUUGACAUCACUCCUGUAGUUAAGCCUAUCCGAGAACCACGGGUUGUUGUACAAACUUUGAGUGAGGUUGAUAUAUUGGAUGAUGGGUAUCGCUGGCGUAAGUAUGGCCAAAAGGUGGUGAGAGGCAAUCCUAACCCAAGGAGUUAUUACAAAUGCACAAAUGCGGGUUGCCCUGUCAGAAAACAUGUGGAGAGGGCAUCUCAUGAUCCAAAAGCAGUGAUAACCACAUAUGAGGGUAAACACAAUCAUGAUGUACCAGCUGCAAAGAAUAGCAGCCAUGACAUGGCAGUAGCUGCAGCUGGACAGACAAGAAUUAAGUUGGAAGAAAGUGAUACUAUUAGCCUUGACCUUGGGAUGGGAAUUAGCUCAGCUGCUGAACAUAGAUCAAACGCACAAGGGAAAAUAAUGCACUCUGAAUUUGGGAACACUCAAACUCACACAAGUAAUUCCAAUUUCAAGUUUGUUCAUACUAGCUCAGCUCCAGUAUACUUUGGUGUUCUAAAUAACAGCUCUAAUCCCUAUGGUUCUAGAGACAAUAGGAGUGAUGGUUCAGCUUUAAACCAUGCCUCGUAUCCUUGCCCACAGAGCAUGGGAAGAAUACUAAUGGGUCCAUGAAGUUGAUCACACAACAGACAUGAAAAUAAAAGUUCCGAGUAACAUUUCACUUUCUUUUUUAAUUUUUGGCGGGUAUAGCUUCAAAGGUGUAACAUCUCAUUUUCUGUACGAAAAUGCAGAUAGUUCUUUUAUGUUUAUAUCACUAUUUGAGAGCUGCCGUUAUGUAGAAUUGGUAGCAGCUCCAUCAUGUUGACUUUUAAAUCUCUGUAAUUGUAUAAUUAUUUAUAAUCAUAUCCAAAUUCUUCUGUAUAAA